AUGGUCACAAACGUCCACGAAGAGGCGACCGAGGAGGAGCUCAACGACAAAUUUGCAGAUUUCGGAGAAAUCAAAAACUUGCAUCUCAAUCUCGACAGACGUACAGGUUAUGUAAAGGGAUAUGCAUUGGUCGAAUACGAGACCCAUCGCGAAGCCAAAGCCGCGAUUGACGGUCUGAACGGUCAAGAUAUUCUCGGCCAAACCGUCUCAUGCGACUUUGCAUUUGUCCGGCCACCGGCAGGAGGGCAGAGAGGUAACAGAAGAGAAGGCAGGAAGCGCAGUGCCAGUCCAGGUCGACGAUGA